GCCAUGGCGAAGAGGCCGGCGCGGGGCUCCGGCGCCCCCCACCACGGGGAGGACUUCACCUUCGUCAGCCCGCUGGUCAAAUACCUGCUCUUCUUCUUCAACAUGGUCUUCUGGAUGAUUUCCAUGGCGAUGGUAGCUGUGGGGGUUUAUGCCCGGCUGAUAAAACAUGCAGAGGCGGCGAUGGCGUGCCUGGCCAUGGACCCGGCCAUCCUGCUCGUCGUGGUCGGCACCCUGAUGUUUCUCAUCACCUUCUGCGGCUGCGUCGGCUCGCUGCGCGAGAACAUCUGCUUGCUGCAGUCGUUCUCCGUCUGCCUGACCGUCGUGUUCCUGCUGCAGCUCACAGCGGGCGUCCUGGGCUUCGUCUUCUCCGACAAGGCGCGCAGCAAGGUGAGCGAGGUGGUCAACCGAGCCAUCGUGCAUUAUCGGGACGACCUGGACCUCCAGAACCUCAUCGACUUUGGCCAGAAGGAGUUCAGCUGCUGUGGGGGCAUCUCCUACAAAGACUGGUCCCAAAACAUGUACUUCAACUGCACGGCCCACAACCCCAGCCGGGAGCGCUGCUCCGUGCCCUACUCUUGCUGCCUGCGAGCCGACGAGCCGUCCGUCGUCGCCAACACCAUGUGUGGUCAGGGGAUGCAGGCCCUUCCCUACCUGGAGGCCGGCGAGUUCAUCCACACCAACGGCUGCGUCGACCGGCUGGUGCACUGGAUCCACAGCAACCUCUUCCUGCUCGGCGGAGUGGCCCUCGGGCUGGCCAUACCCCAGCUGGUGGGGAUCCUGCUCUCGCAGCUGCUCGUCAGCCAGAUCAGAGACCAGAUUAAGCUGCAGCACUACAACCAGCAGCACCGGGCCGAUCUCUGGUACUGA